CGAAAAGUGUGAUACGGCUUCAGUUCGCCGGUAACCGUUGAACGGUACGGAACUGUCUCGCCUAGCGUUCUCGUGUUCUGUGCGGUUGUUGAUCACUCACCACUAGAACGGAGUCACACAGGAAAGCUUUUCCAGUAGAACCCGUUAGCGUACUGCUGCUGGUACACCUCCUCUACCGGAGGGAAUCACCUCCCGGAACGUGGGAACGUGUCGCGUCCUGAAUUUCUGAUGACAAAGGAAAGGGAAACCGUGACGGAUAAAAUUCAUAAUUCAUGAAUUAAUUAAAAAAAAGUUCUUCAAGUGAACAUGACUUUCGUCAAGUUGAUGGUGCCGCCACUGGUGAAGCGGCAGAUAGUGCUAGGAGUGGCUGUUUUCCUUUUCGGCAGUGCCAUCCAGGAUGUAUCAAGUUUCAACAUCUCCUCCGCGCAGAUCCACUCACUCAACCUGGACCACCACAAGCUGAAGCUAACGUGGAUGAUGGACUGGUACCGGAAGGAGGUCCUGUUCCACGUACAAAACACCUUCCAGCACGGACGGUACAAAUUCUUCGCAAUCGGGUUCUCUCCACGGGGCGAACUGAAGCGAACCGACCUGUGUGUGUUCACCGUCAGCGGUGCUGGAAUGUUCCAUCAGGUGCUCGAUACGUACACCUCACGGGACUUCAAUCGGCUCUACGCGGACUCAACACAGGACUGUUCGGUAAUGCGAAUCGAUGACAGUUCGAUUGCUUUUCGGAGGAAAUUUGACACCUGCGACCCGCAGGAUGUGGCAAUCCACGGGGGAACCAUGUAUGUGGUCUGGUUGAGGGGCAAAAAGGAAAUGGAUUUUUCUGCCAACUGGACAGUAAUGCCGAAAAUCGGAAAAGCCGAUCAAGGCGUUCUUCCAGUACAAAUUUUAAGGGCAGAUGUUAUCACGGUUCCGGAGAAAAAAUCCACCGUCAAAAAGGUGGACAUUGCGUUGAACCAAGCGAUCAUUCCAGCUGUUGAAACCACCUACUGGUGCAAAGUUCAGCGGUUAGAACCGUGGUUGCUUGAGCGGAAGCAUCACAUUGUACAGUUUGAACCCGUUAUUACGAAUGAGCAUGUGGUUCAUCAUAUGGAGGUAUUCCAGUGUGUAACGGACUCAGCUCAGGACAUACCGAUUUAUGAGGGAAGUUGCGCUGAUAUGCCACCAGAGGCUAAAAGUUGUAACAAAGUUAUGGCCCUUUGGGCCAUGGGAGCCGCAGCGUUUACGUACCCAGACGAAACGGGUCUACCAGUUGGAGGGAAGAACUUUAACCCAUUCGUUCGUCUGGAAGUACAUUUCAAUAACCCGGACCUGAAGACUGGGAUUGUUGACAGCUCUGGCAUGCGGAUCAGUGUGGUUUCCAAACUGCGAAAAUAUGAUGCUGCCAUCAUGGAACUAGGAUUGGAGUACACCGAUAAGAUGGCAAUUCCACCAGGACAAGUGGCUUAUCCCCUAACUGGUUACUGCGUAGCGGAGUGUACUAAGAUUGCACUACCCUCAGGUGGUAUUACCGUAUUCGGUUCCCAACUGCACACUCAUCUGAGAGGUGUUCGUAUUUUAACGAGACACUUUCGAAAGGGAAUUGAAUUGAAAGAACUCAAUCGGGAUGAUUUUUACUCCCACCAUUACCAAGAGAUUCGUCAACUACGCUAUCGGCCGAAAGUUUUACCGGGUGACGCACUGAUGACGACCUGCUAUUACGACACCCGAGGCUAUGAAACGGCAACUCUGGGAGGAUUCUCGAUAAGCGACGAGAUGUGUGUGAAUUACAUCCAUUACUACCCAGCCACGAAGCUUGAGUUGUGCAAAAGCGCUAUUUCUGAGAAAUCACUGUAUAACUAUUUCAAAUAUAUGAAAGAAGUGGAACAACAGGCUUCCGUGCUACCGGAUGGUGCCCGAUCUACAAACUAUCACAGCAUCCAUUGGACCAAAACUCGGGCUGAUCAACUGUUCGAGUAUUAUUUAGAGGAGCCACUUAGCAUGCAGUGCAAUCGAUCGGAAGGUUCCCGUUUCGAAGGUUUCGAAUGGGAAGGAACGCCUGUGACAGAGUUCACUCCACCACGAGGUACGCUCAAGGAAAACUGUCCUAUUCCUGCUGAACUAAAUUGGUUCAAACCACUCGAGGUGGGAAAAUGCGACGUUUUCGGAGAGUGCAUUUAUGCGGAGGAGAAAAUCAAGGAAUAAACAUGUACAUAAAGCAAAAAAGUUUAAGCCAAAAUUCAAAAACCAUCUUGAAAUAUGAUUAGAUUUUUCGGUUUUGUUUCCUGCACCAAAUAGUUCUCAUGAAUAAAAACAUUUGUAUAAAUCUUAUACCCACCAGAAACUUGCGUUU